AUGUUCAAGAGUCGAGUCGUUGUGAAAGCUAUUGAACGUUUGUCGCGUUCCUCGCUCAAAUUACAGCCCAUACGAGGUCCGGUUCGGGGACCGGCUCAGGCACGGGCUCAAUUAAAGUCGAGUUUUUUUCCCAUGCCCUUGACCAUACUUACUGGUUUUGUUAUUGGAACUUUGGGCGGGUACUACCUUCUUGAUUCACGUUCGUCAAUCCACGAAUAUAUAUUUUGUCCACUCAUUCGUACAUUCACAGAUGCUGAACAAGGUCACAAAUUGGGAAUUUUAUUUAUGAAACUUGGUCUCGCGCCAAGAUUGUUGGACGAUGGUGUCAAUGAUCAAAGUGAUGUGUUGGGGGUCGAAGUUUUCGGGCACAAAUUAAAGAAUCCGAUUGGUUUAGCUGCUGGUCUCGAUAAGGAUGGAGAGGCAAUUGACUCACUCUUUAACUGCGGGUUUUCAUAUGUUGAAAUCGGUUCCAUCACUCCUGAAGCUCAACCGGGUAAUCCCAAACCAAGAUUUUUUAGACUAAAAAGGGAUGACGCAGUGAUCAAUAGGUAUGGAUUUAACUCAUCGGGCCAUUUUAGCGUUUUGGCGACUUUGAAAAUUCGAUUCAACAAGUUUUUUGAAAACUUUAGCAGGAACCACACGCCAGACCAAAAACCAUUCUCAAAUGCUUUUCAAAACGGGAAAUUGUUAGGUAUUAAUUUGGGAAAAAAUAAAGACGGAGACGAAGUAAAAGAUUAUGUUAAAGGUGUAGCAAGAUUGGGUCCUUAUGCAGAUGUUUUAGUGGUGAACGUGUCGUCUCCUAAUACUCCUGGUUUGCGAGACUUGCAAAAUGAAUCCAAAUUGACCCAUUUAUUGCAAUCUGUUGUACAAGAACGCGAUGCCUUAGGAUCCAACUUGCUUGGAUCGAAACCUCCGGUACUUGUUAAAAUUGCCCCUGACUUGACAGAACCGGAGAUUGAGUCCAUUGCUAACUCUGUCUUGCAGGCGAAAGUAGAUGGAAUUAUACUAUCAAACACUACUAUCCAAAGACCUAAAGAUUCAUUAUUAACUACCGACGAAGAAUUGAUCAACGAAGCUGGAGGACUUUCCGGACGACCUUUGAAACCUUUAGCUUUGAAAGCAUUUAAGUUACUCAGGAAACACACCAAGGGUUCCAAUUUAGUUUUGGUUGGAUGUGGUGGGAUCUCAAAUGGAAAGGAUGCUUUGGAAUUUGGAAAAGCUGGUGCUACAUUUUUUCAGUUAUAUACGGCAUUUGCAUAUAAGGGUCCUGGAUUAGUUGCUCAAAUUAGAGAUGAAUUGGCAGCCGAAUUGAGAAAGGAAGGAAAAACCUGGCAACAGAUUGUUAAAGAGAAUAGUUGA